GGGGGACCGGCCCCACCUCGGACACAGGCUGGGGCUGUAUGCUGCGGUGUGGACAGAUGAUCUUUGCCCAGGCCCUGGUGUGCCGGCAUUUAGGCCGAGAUUGGCGGUGGACGCAGCGGAAGAGGCAGCCGGACAGCUACUUCAGCGUGCUCAACGCGUUCAUCGACAGAAAGGACAGUUACUACUCCAUUCACCAGAUAGCACAAAUGGGAGUCGGCGAGGGCAAGUCCAUCGGCCAGUGGUACGGGCCCAACACGGUCGCCCAGGUGCUCAAGAAGCUUGCUGUCUUCGACACGUGGAGCGCCCUGGCAGUCCACGUAGCGAUGGACAACACGGUGGUGAUGGAGGACAUCAGAAGGUUGUGCAGGGGCGGUCUUCCGUGCGCGGGGGCCGCCGCGCUUCCUGCGGAUCCCGGCCGGCACUGUAACGGCUUCCCCGCGGGAGCCGAGGUCAGCAACAGGCUGGCACCGUGGAGACCCCUGGUGCUUCUCAUCCCCCUGCGCCUGGGGCUCACGGACAUCAACGAGGCCUACGUGGAGACUCUGAAGCACUGCUUCAUGAUGCCCCAGUCCCUGGGCGUGAUCGGAGGCAAGCCCAACAGCGCCCAUUACUUCAUCGGCUACGUCGGCGAGGAGCUCAUCUACCUGGACCCGCACACGACACAGCCCGCGGUGGAGUUUGCGGACAGCUGCUUCAUCCCGGACGAGAGCUUCCACUGCCAGCACCCUCCAAGCAGGAUGGGCGUCAGGGAGCUCGACCCGUCCAUUGCCGUGGGGUUUUUCUGUCAGACCGAGGAGGACUUUGACGACUGGUGCCGGCGCGUCAGAAAGCUGUCGCUGCUCGGGGGCGCCCUGCCCAUGUUCGAGCUGGUGGAACAGCAGCCUUCCCACCUGGCCUGCCCCGACGUCCUGAACCUGUCCUUAGAUUCUUCUGACGUAGAGCGACUGGAAAGAUUCUUUGACUCAGAAGAUGAAGACUUCGAAAUCCUGUCUCUUUGA